UCCAAACACCUUUCGCCACUUUUUGGUGUUUUGGUCGCACCAACUUGGAUGUUAGCACUGGACGCAAUACAAUGGCCGUGCAAGUCCGUCAACUAAAACUCCUGGGCAUCAACCAUGACCGAUGAAAUUCUUGUCCACAUUUCCACACCUGCCACGAAACAAAAUGACGACUUAUAUCAAUCUUUGGCUGAUGCCUACAAGGAAUUCGAGCCGUACCGACGGCACCCGGAUGAUGUUUGUUUAGACGAGCCUCGUCAAGCAAACGAAGUCCAAGUUCCGCACAAUGUUUCUGUCCUAAACACCACAUCGACAACGCCGAAAGGGAGCUCGAAUGAUGCGGACGCGAAUACUUCAAUAUUUUCAACCAGCAAAGACUCAUAUGGCAGUUUUCCGUCCUACCCUUCUCCUGGGGAUCAGGAGCGUCUGGACAAUCAGCUUUACUAUGACGAUGAUGGCUCGGUGCCUGUGUCAAGUCGACUCGCAAGAUUGGACCACAUUCAUGUAACCUGGAGAAAACAGACGACUCCUAAAUCAAGUUUUGUGGGCAGACAGCGGCCGGCUCCGCGUGAUGAAGAUGAGGAUGAAGCUGAUACUGCCUUCAUUGAGGAUUCGCAGUUGGCGGCCCAGGCCCUGCAGAGCCAGUUGCAGGAUGGCUAUUCCACGACGGACGAGGACACUGAAGAAGACGAGGUUGAUAUUGACGAAGGAGUUGAGAAGGAUGAGUCAGACGUUGAAUCUGGGCGGAACAACUUGAGCUCGAGCGCAGUGGAACCGACGCCGUCGACCCACUCAGCAGUGACGAGGAGUGUCAGUGCAAGUCAUAAAGAGUCUCGGCUUUUGGAUAACACCUUGGACUUGUCACUUUCUAUUGUGCGGGAUGCAGAGAAUAACCGAAUCUCUCUGACUAAAAGCGAUAUUGCUCUGCAUCCUCCGGAUUUCACUAAGCUCCCCUUGGAUGCUUUCCCGCCAGCGCCGGAAGUCUCCAUAGCACAGCCGGGUACUUUACCCUCGCAAAUCACUGAAUAUCUCGCAGCAAUCAAAAUACAAUACUCAGCACGCUUCAAGCCCUCCAAGAAACUGCGUACGCUCGAAUCCGACGAACGCGGUUAUUGGUCGGUCGGCUGCACAACAUGGUCACAGAAUAUUCAGCACGAGUUUUGGACACGCCUAUGUGAAUACGUUCAGAGUGGGAAACUCGGCUGGGGCACUACAUUGCAUCGGGACCUCGGGUCUUCUCGGACGAUUGGUAGAGUCAAAAUGUAUUGUUGGGGCGAGGUUGUGGAGCAUUUGUGGUUGUUGUUGUGGGUUUGCUCCAAAGGGAGGGUUUCUGGGUCUGGAUCGAAGUGGGUUGAUGCUGAUGGAAUUACUAUUGUCGAGGGAUCUUGAGGUCCGUCAUAAAGGUUGGAAAGCAAACGGCAGAGUUGAGUGUUUGCCAUGGUUUGGAUAGAGAUUGAACGUGUGCGAUGAUAAUGAAAAAUUGGUAUUAAAUAGCCUUUUUUGCGAUUAUGAUUGAAUUUAC